ACACGGAGCCAUGAGGUGCCCCCCUGUCACUUGCUGUGCUGUGCUCUGUCUUCUCAUGCUGGUGUCUGGGUCCUGGGGCCAGGUGAACCGACUACCUUUCUUCACCAAUCACUUCUUCGACACAUACCUGCUCAUCAGUGAAGACACACCUGUGGGUUCUUCUGUGACCCAGUUGCUGGCCCGAGACAUGGACAAUGACCCCUUGGUGUUUGGCGUUUCUGGGGAGGAGGCCUCCCGCUUCUUUGCCGUGGAGCCUGACACUGGUGUGGUGUGGCUCCGGCAGCCGCUGGACAGAGAGACUAAGUCUGAGUUCACAGUGGAGUUCUCCGUCAGUGACCACCAAGGGGUGAUCACACGGAAGGUGAACAUUCAAGUUGGAGAUGUGAACGACAAUGCGCCCACAUUCCACAACCAGCCGUAUAGCGUGCGCAUCCCUGAGAACACACCAGUGGGGACACCCAUCUUCAUCGUCAAUGCCACCGAUCCUGACCUGGGUGCGGGUGGCAGCGUCCUCUACUCCUUCCAGCCCCCGUCUCAGUUCUUCACCAUCGACAGUGCCCGAGGCAUAGUCACUGUGAUCCAGGAGCUGGAUUAUGAGGUCACGCAGGCGUACCAGCUCACAGUCAACGCCACGGAUCAAGACAAAACCAGACCUCUGUCUACACUGGCCAACCUGGCUAUCAUCAUCACGGAUGUACAAGACAUGGACCCCAUCUUCAUCAACCUACCCUACAGCACCAACAUCUAUGAGCACUCUCCUCCGGGCACAACUGUUCGGGUGAUCACUGCUGUGGACCAAGAUAAGGGGCGACCCCGGGGGAUUGGUUACACUAUUGUCUCAGGGAAUACCAACAGCAUCUUUGCCCUGGACUACAUCAGCGGAGCUCUCACCCUGAAUGGCCUGCUGGACCGGGAGAACCCCCUGUACAGUCACGGCUUCAUCCUGACAGUGAAGGGCACUGAGCUGAAUGACGAUCGCACCCCGUCAGACGCCACCGUCACCACAACCUUCAAUAUCCUGGUUAUUGACAUCAAUGAUAAUGCCCCAGAGUUCAACAGCUCUGAGUACAGCGUGGCCAUCACUGAGCUGGCACAAGUUGGCUUUGCCCUCCCUCUCUUCAUCCAGGUGGUGGAUAAGGAUGAGAACUUGGGUCUGAACAGCAUGUUUGAGGUGUACCUGGUGGGAAACAACUCCCACCAUUUCAUCAUCUCCCCAACUUCCGUCCAAGGAAAAGCAGACAUCCGCAUCCGAGUGGCAAUUCCCCUGGACUAUGAGACUGUGGACCGCUACGACUUUGAUCUCUUUGCCAAUGAGAGUGUGCCCGACCACGUGGGCUAUGCCAAGGUGAAGAUAACCCUCAUCAAUGAAAAUGACAACCGGCCCAUCUUCAGCCAGCCACUCUACAAUGUCAGCCUGUAUGAGAACAUCACCGUGGGGACCUCUGUGCUGACAGUCUUGGCCACAGACAAUGAUGUGGGGACUUUCGGGGAAGUCAACUACUUCUUCAGUGAUGACCCUGACAGGUUCUCACUGGACAAGGACACGGGGCUCAUCUUGCUAAUAGCCCGGCUGGACUAUGAGCUUAUCCAGCGUUUCACCUUGACUGUCAUUGCCCGGGAUGGAGGUGGUGAGGAGACCACAGGCCGAGUCCGGAUCAAUGUUCUGGAUGUCAAUGACAAUGUGCCCACUUUCCAGAAGGAUGCCUAUGUGGGUGCUCUGAGGGAGAAUGAGCCUUCUGUCACACAGCUGGUGCGGCUCAGGGCAACAGAUGAAGACUCCCCUCCCAACAACCAGAUUACCUACAGUAUCGUCAAUGCAUCUGCCUUCGGCAGCUACUUUGACAUCAGCGUGUACGAAGGCUAUGGAGUGAUCAGUGUGAGCCGCCCACUGGAUUACGAACAGAUACCCAAUGGGCUGAUAUACCUAACAGUCAUGGCCAAGGAUGCUGGCAACCCCCCUCUCUACAGCACCGUCCCUGUCACCAUUGAGGUGUUUGAUGAGAACGACAACCCUCCUACCUUCAGCAAGCCUGCCUACUUCGUUUCUGUGGUAGAGAACAUCAUGGCAGGAGCCACAGUGCUGUUCCUAAAUGCCACAGACCUGGACCGUUCUCGGGAGUAUGGGCAGGAGUCCAUCAUUUACUCGUUGGAAGGAUCCUCGCAGUUCCGCAUCAAUGCCCGCUCUGGAGAAAUCACCACCACAUCUCUGCUCGACCGAGAGACCAAAUCUGAAUACAUCCUCAUUGUGCGUGCUGUGGAUGGGGGUGUGGGCCAUAACCAGAAAACUGGCAUUGCCACAGUGAACGUCACCCUCCUGGACAUCAAUGACAACCACCCUACCUGGAAGGAUGCUCCCUACUACAUCAACCUGGUGGAGAUGACACCUCCCGACUCUGACGUGACCACGGUGGCGGCUGUGGACCCAGAUCUGGGGGAGAAUGGCACCCUGCUGUACAGCAUCCAGCCCCCCAAUAAGUUCUAUAGUCUGAACAGCACCACAGGCAAGAUCCGCACCACCCACGUCAUGCUGGACCGAGAGAACCCUGACCCCGUGGAGGCGGAGCUCAUGCGCAAGAUCACUGUCUCUGUCACAGACUGUGGCAGACCCCCUCUGAAGGCCACCAGCAGUGCCACAGUCUUUGUGAACCUCUUGGAUCUUAAUGACAAUGACCCCACUUUCCAGAACCUGCCUUUUGUGGCUGAGGUUCUUGAAGGCACCCCUGCAGGGGUCUCUGUCUACCAAGUGGCGGCCAUUGAUCUAGACGAGGGCCUGAAUGGGCUGGUGUCUUAUCGCAUGCAAGUGGGUAUGCCCCGCAUGGACUUUGUCAUCAACAGCACCAAUGGUGUGGUCACAACCACAGUUGAGCUGGACCGUGAGCGCAUCGCCGAGUACCAGCUGCGGGUGGUGGCCAGUGAUGCGGGCACACCCACCAAGAGCUCCACCAGCACACUCACUAUCCAGGUGCUGGACGUGAAUGAUGAGACGCCCACCUUCUUCCCCGCUAUGUACAACGUGUCUGUGUCUGAGGACGUUCCCCGGGAGUUCCGUGUGCUGUGGCUGAACUGCACGGACAAUGACGUGGGCCUCAAUGCAGAGCUCAGCUACUUCAUCACAGGGGGGAACGUGGACGGGAAGUUCAGUGUGGGCUACCGUGAUGCCACGGUGAGAACUGUGGUGGGCCUGGACCGUGAGACCACAGCUGCCUACACACUGGUUCUGGAAGCCAUAGACAAUGGCCCUGUGGGCAAGCGGCACACAGGCACGGCCACUGUGUUUGUCACAGUUCUGGAUGUCAAUGACAACCGGCCCAUCUUUCUGCAAAGCAGCUAUGAGGCCAGCGUCCCAGAAGACAUCCCGGAGGGCCACAGCAUUGUGCAGCUGAAAGCCACAGAUGCAGAUGAGGGCGAGUUUGGGCGAGUCUGGUACCGAAUCCUCCAUGGUAACCAUGGCAACAACUUCCGGAUCCACAUCAGUAGCGGGCUCCUGAUGCGAGGCCCUCGGCCCCUGGACAGGGAGCGAAACUCCUCCCACGUGCUGAUGGUGGAGGCCUACAACCACGACCUAGGACCCAUGCGGAGCUCUGUCAGGGUGAUUGUGUAUGUGGACGAUGUCAAUGAUGAGGCCCCCGUGUUCACACAACAACAGUACAACCGCCUGGGCCUUCGCGAGACAGCCGGCAUCGGCACCUCGGUCAUCGUCGUCCGAGCCACUGACAGAGACACUGGGGACGGUGGCCUGGUGAGCUACCGCAUCCUGUCUGGUGCGGAGGGCAAGUUCGAGAUUGAUGAGAGCACAGGGCUCGUCGUGACGGUGGACUAUCUAGACUACGAGACCAAGACCAGCUACCUGAUGAAUGUGUCUGCCACAGACCGUGCACCCCCCUUCAACCAGGGCUUCUGCAGCGUCUACGUGACGCUUCUCAAUGAGUUGGAUGAGGCAGUUCAGUUCUCCAAUGCCUCCUAUGAGGCAGUCAUCAUGGAGAAUCUGGCUCUAGGGACAGAGAUUGUACGGGUGCAAGCCUAUUCUAUCGAUAACCUCAACCAAAUCACCUACCGCUUUGAUGCCUAUACCAGUGCUCAGGCCAAAGCCCUCUUCAAGAUAGAUGCCAUCACGGGUGUGAUCACAGUCAAGGGUUUGGUGGACAGGGAGAAGGGUGACUUCUACACAUUGACAGUGGUGGCAGACGAUGGUGGCCCCAAAGUGGACUCUACUGUGAAGGUCUAUGUCACUGUGCUGGAUGAGAAUGAUAACAGCCCACGCUUUGACUUCACCUCUGACUCAGCCAUCAGUGUGCCUGAGGACUGCCCCGUGGGCCAGCGAGUAGCCACUGUCAAGGCCCGGGACCCUGAUGCUGGCAGCAAUGGACAGGUGGUCUUCUCCCUGGCCUCUGGCAACGUUGCUGGGGCCUUUGAGAUUGUCACCAGCAAUGACUCCAUUGGUGAAGUGUUUGUGGCUAAGCCCCUGGACAGGGAAGAACUGGACCACUAUAUCCUCAAGGUUGUGGCUUCUGACCGUGGCAGUCCUCCACGGAAGAAAGACCACAUCCUACAGGUGACCAUCCUGGAUGUCAAUGAUAACCCUCCAGUGAUUGAGAGCCCCUUUGGAUACAACGUCAGCGUGAACGAGAAUGUGGGUGGAGGCACCUCUGUGGUCCAGGUGAGAGCCACUGACCGUGACAUCGGGAUCAACAGCGUACUGUCUUAUUACAUCACUGAGGGCAAUGAGGACAUGACUUUCCGCAUGGACCGCAUCAGUGGAGAGAUCGCCACACGGCCUGCCCCACCUGACCGUGAGCGCCAAAAUUUCUAUCACCUGGUGGUCACCGUGGAGGAUGAGGGCACCCCCACGCUGUCGGCCACCACCCACGUGUAUGUGACUAUAGUGGACGAGAAUGAUAACGCUCCAGUGUUCCAGCAGCCACAUUAUGAGGUGGUUCUGGAUGAAGGCCCGGAUACAGUCAACGCCAGCCUUAUCACCAUCCAAGCACUGGAUCUGGAUGAGGGGCCGAAUGGCACUGUCGCCUAUGACAUUGUGGCAGGCAACAUCGUCAAUACCUUCCGAAUCAACAGGCACACGGGUGUCAUUACAGCUGCCAAGGAGCUAGACUAUGAGAUCAGUCAUGGCCGCUACACCCUGAUUGUCACUGCCACAGACCAGUGUCCUAUAUCGUCUCACCGCCUCUCCUCUACUACCACGGUGCUUGUGAAUGUGAAUGACAUCAAUGACAACGUGCCCACUUUCCCUCGGGACUAUGAAGGACCAUUUGACAUCACCGAGGGCCAGCCAGGGCCCAGAGUAUGGACAUUCCUGGCCCACGACCGGGACUCUGGUCCCAAUGGGCAGGUGGAGUACAGCGUUGUGGAUGGAGACCCACUGGGGGAGUUUGUGAUCUCUCCAGUGGAGGGUGUGCUGAGGGUUCGAAAGGAUGUUGAACUGGACCGGGAGACCAUUGCUUUCUACAACCUGACCAUCUGUGCCCGGGACAGGGGUGUGCCGCCACUCAGCUCCACGAUGCUGGUGGGGAUCCGAGUGCUGGACAUCAACGACAAUGACCCAGUGCUGUUGAAUCUUCCCAUGAACAUCACCAUCAGUGAGAACAGCCCAAUAUCCAGCUCUGUCACCCAUGUCCUAGCCAGUGAUGCAGACAGCGGCUGCAAUGCCCUCCUCACCUUCAACAUCACGGCUGGCAACAGGGAGCGGGCCUUCUUCAUCAAUGCCACGACAGGGGUCGUCACCGUCAACCGGCCCCUGGACCGAGAGCACAUCCCAGAGUACAGGCUGACAGUCUCCGUAAAGGACAACCCAGAGAACCCACGCAUAGCCAGGAAGGAUUUUGACUUACUGCUGGUCUCUCUGGCUGAUGAGAAUGACAAUCACCCCCUCUUCACUGAAGGCACAUACCAGGCAGAGAAGGGAAGCCCCCAGUACCAGCUGCUGACAGUGCCUGAGCACUCACCCCGUGGCACCCUUGUGGGCAAUGUGACAGGUGCCGUGGAUGCAGAUGAGGGUCCCAAUGCCAUCGUGUACUACUUCAUUGCAGCUGGUAAUGAGGACAAAAACUUUCACCUACAACCAGACGGACGUCUGCUAGUGUUGAGAGACCUGGAUAGGGAAAAGGAAGCCAUCUUCUCCUUCAUUGUCAAAGCCUCCAGCAAUCGUAGCUGGACCCCUCCCCGAGGCCCCUUCCCAGGCCUCGAUCUGCUGACUGACCUCACCCUGCAGGAGGUGCGCGUUGUGCUCGAGGACAUCAAUGACCAGCCACCAUGCUUCACCAAGGCUGAGUAUACCGCAGGAGUGGCCACCGAUGCCAAGGUAGGCUCGGAGUUGAUCCAGGUGCUGGCCUUGGAUGCUGACAUUGGCAACAACAGCCUGGUCUUCUAUGGCAUUCUGGCUAUCCACUACUUCCGGGCCCUUGCAAAUGACUCUGAGGAUGUGGGCCAGGUCUUCACCAUGGGGAGUGUGGAUGGCAUCCUACGCACCUUUGAUCUCUUCAUGGCCUACAGCCCUGGCUAUUUUGUGGUAGACAUUGUGGCCCGAGACCUGGCUGGCCACAAUGAUACUGCCAUCAUUGGCAUCUACAUCUUGAGGGAUGACCAGCGUGUUAAGAUAGUCAUCAAUGAGAUCCCAGACCGUGUGCGUGGCUUUGAGGAGGAGUUCAUUCGCCUGCUGUCCAACAUCACAGGCGCCAUUGUCAACACUGAUGACGUGCAGUUCCAUGUGGACAAGAAGGGGCGGGUGAACUUUGCACAGACAGAGCUGCUCAUUCACGUGGUCAACCGGGACACAAACCGCAUCCUGGAUGUGGACAGGGUCAUCCAGAUGAUUGAUGAGAACAAAGAACAGCUUCGGAACCUAUUCCGGAACUACAAUGUACUGGACGUACAGCCUGCCAUCUCUGUACGGCUGCCGGAUGACAUGUCUGCCCUGCAGAUGGCCAUCAUUGUCCUUGCCAUCCUUCUCUUCUUGGCGGCCAUGCUUUUUGUCCUCAUGAACUGGUACUACAGGACCGUACACAAGAGAAAGCUAAAGGCAAUAGUAGCUGGUUCUGCAGGGAACCGUGGCUUCAUUGACAUCAUGGACAUGCCCAAUACCAACAAAUACUCCUUUGACGGAGCCAACCCUGUGUGGCUGGAUCCUUUCUGCCGGAACCUGGAGCUGGCUGCGCAGGCUGAGCAUGAGGAUGACCUGCCUGAGAACCUGAGUGAGAUCGCAGAUCUGUGGAACAGCCCCACUCGCACCCAUGGAACGUUUGGACGAGAACCAGCAGCAGUCAAGCCUGAUGAUGACCGAUACCUGCGUGCAGCCAUCCAGGAGUAUGACAACAUUGCCAAGCUGGGCCAGAUCAUUCGAGAGGGCCCUAUCAAGGGCUCAUUGCUGAAGGUGGUCCUGGAGGAUUACCUACGGCUCAAAAAACUUCUUGCACAACGGAUGGUACAAAAAGCCUCCUGCCGUUCCUCCUUCUCUGAGCUGAUCCACAAUGAGCUGGAGGAGGAGCCCGGAGACCACAGCCCAGGCCAGGGCAGCCUCCAUUUCCGCCACAAGCCACCCAUGGAGCUCAAGGGACCAGACGGAAUCCACAUGGUUCAUGGCAGCACAGGCACACUGCUGGCCACUGACCUCAACAGCUUGCCAGAGGACGACCAGAAGGGGCUGGACCGCUCACUGGAGACUCUGACAGCCUCUGACACUACUGCCUUCGAACGCAAUGCCCGCACAGAGUCGGCCAAGUCCACGCCUCUGCAUAAGCUUCGAGACGUGAUCAUGGAGAGUCCCCUGGAAAUCACGGAGCUGUGAUGUCAAGCCUUGCUGCUGAGCAGCCCAUCCACCACCCUCCAGGGCAGGAACAUGGCCAACUCUCUACCCAGCCCAGCCGUUGGGAGCGAUCUUGGGCUGGCCCUGGCAGCCUGCACAGCCAGAAACUGAUUCAGCACCUGAUCUCUACCUUCAUAAAAUUGGUUAUUUUUUUAAGAAAACUUAAAAAUGCUUAGUGUCUAAGAACGAGGUAAGGAGGGUCACUAGGGGAGCCCCAGAAAAUGAGGACCAGCUCAGCCCCUCCCUAUGCCAAGCAGGGCCCAGGGCCCAGCAAAGAACUGACAACCCUGCUGGCCUACCCCUGCCUCAAUUCAAAGUCCCACUGCACUUCCACCUGCUGGACAUCCAGGUGGCUCCCUGCCCCCUCCACACACACAGGCUGAUGUUGGCAACCAAGCAUCCAUCCCAUCUCAGGGUGCCCAGCUGACAGACAUGACUGAUGUUCCCUUGGGUUUUGAAUGUAGAGUGUUUGUGUGUAUUCCUCUAAAUUAAGUUAUUCCCUCAAAAUUUCCUCCAGGUUUUGUUUAACUGAUGCUCAAUGGAAGUUUCUGGAAUGCUCUAUUUAAAAAGAAAAAGCAACUCACAUGGA